AAAGACAGAGAGACACGUGUGCAAAUGUCAAAGGGGACUGCAUUUUUAGUUAUCCUUCGGUCCUUAGAGACAAUCAGAUUUCCGGCACAAAGUUACCGAUCGCUAUCUCAUGUGCACGGUUAGAGGGAGACGCAGAACCAACAACGCCUCGCCACAAUCCCACAAAGCACCCAUUUCUCACCUUCAAACACCAACUUUCGGGUUUCAGCGCCCAUUUCUAAGAUUAAUCUACGCAAUUAUGGAUGUUGAUCCUCGUCAAUACGAACAAAUUGCGGUCAAUGAUAAUGACAUCCACAGCAUUGUUAUGUCCUAUCUUGUGCAUAAUUGCUUCAAGGAAACUGUGGACUCUUUUAUUGCCUCUACUGGAAUGAAACAGCCUUCUGAUUAUCUUGACCAUAUGGAGAAAAGAAAAAGGAUUUUUACUCUUGCACUAGAGGGGAAUGCACUUAAGGCUAUUGAACUUACAGAAGAGCUGGCCCCUGACUUACUAGAGAAAAACAAGGACUUGCAUUUUGAUCUUCUGAGCCUUCAUUUUGUUGAGCUUGUACGCUCUAGGAAAAUCACAGAAGCUUUGGAAUUUGCUCGCUCCAAGUUGUCCCCUUUGGGGAAUGUUCAAAACUUUGUUGCAAAGCUUGAAAAUUUUAUGACACUUCUUGCUUUUGAUGAACCUGAGAAAUCCCCAAUGAAUCACCUCCUUAGCAUUGAGUACCGGCAGCCUGUUGUAGAGAGUUUGAACCGAGCAAUUCUUGCUCAUGCAAACCUUCCAAGCUGUACACCCAUGGAAAGGCUGAUACAACAAACAACUGUUGUUAGACAAUGUUUAAAUCAAGAGCUUGCAAAGGAUGUGCCACCCCCAUUUUCUUUGAAGGACUUCCUGGAAUGCUGAACGGAAAGUAUUAAGGAUACUUGGCCAGGAAAGAGAAAAGGUCACUCAUCCUAUCUGCAUGUGCUUUUGUUGUAAGGUCCGGUCAUGGUUAGAAUGUAUCAUCAUUGCCUGCAUAUCUGUUCCGGUUGCCAAGCUUGCUGUUUCAUUCUUCUGGAUACACCUGCAUUUCAUGAAGGUUGCCACUUUUCACAAGUUGCUGCAAAGGGAAGUGGAUUUGGUUCAACUUUGUGCCGGUUUAUUUGGAUUCAUGGUAUAGUUGAUCCAAUCAUGUGCCCUUGUAUACGCUAUCUUAAUGUUAUAAUUGAUACCAUAGAAACUCAACUUAUUGUGUAAUUUAGAGACAGGUUUUUUGUUUGGUAUUAUAACCUGUAAAUUGCACUCUCCGUUUGCCCUUUGAAUAUCACAUUGUGAUGAAGCAGAGUUGCAGUAAGCAUUUGACAC